CCUGUUCCUUCCACUCUUCAGAGGUCUCCGGUGAUUGUUCUUACUCUGUGUAAUGUUAUAUUAAAUGCUAAUGUGGGAAUGAAGUUGUUUCCACCGCGGUGUAAAAGCUGGUUUAAGGGGAAGUGGAUGCUUUGUAUUUCAGUUUAACUCAGGCUGUGUGUGGCAGAGGACUCGUGGCGCUAUUAAACACGAAGCCACGGUUUCACGUAGAGGGGCGCGCGCUCGUGUGCGCGCUCACACCGGCUAUUGUGUUUUUUAUCAACAAGGAGACCACCGUGGCCUUGCGGGUAACUGAGCUGGCCAGCUGAACGACAAGGGACUGCUAAACUAUGGCAGACGAACAAGAAAUAAUGUGCAAAUUAGAAAAUAUCCUGGAAAUACGUAACAAGACUGUCCAGAUGCAGAAGAUCAAGUCUCGUCUUAAGAUUGAGUUUGAGGCUCUGGAAUCUGAGGAGAAGCACCUGAAAGAGUACAAACAAGAGAUGGAUCUGCUUCUACAAGAGAAAAUGGCACAUGUGGAGGAGCUGCGGCUCAUCCAUGCAGAUAUCAAUGUGAUGGAGAGCACCAUCAAGCAGUCGGAGAAUGACCUGAAUAAGCUUCUAGAAACAACUCGCCGCCUGCAUGAUGAGUACAAACCUCUGAAGGAGCAUGUUGAUGCCCUCAGGAUGACUUUAGGUCUACACAGGCUCCCUAACCUGAACGAAGAAGAGGAGAAGCUCUCCCUGGAUUACUUUGAGAAGCAGAAAGCAGAGUGGCAGAAGGAGCCGCAUGAGCCCACCAUCCCAGAAUCCCUUGCUGCCGCUGCAGCAGCAGCACAGCAGCUUCAGGUGUCCAGGAAGCAAGAUGCGCGCCAGACAGCCACUUUCAGACAGCAACCCCCACCUAUGAAGGCUUGCCUGUCUUGCCACCAGCAGAUUCAUCGUAAUGCUCCCAUCUGCCCAUUGUGCAAGGCCAAGAGCCGUUCCCGUAACCCAAAGAAGCCCAAGAGGAAGCCAGAUGAGUAGAUCCUACUCUACCUUCAGCUUUGGUAGGGUUCAAAGGGACCUGGUCCAACACACUGAUCUAAGAUCAGCCAUGUACGUCACGAUAUAUGGCUGAAAUAAGAGAUCUGUGCUUCAGGACAAUUUCCAUAAACAGUUCCCACUUUAACAAACUGUCUUAGUACUUUUUUCCUAAACUGUCAACAGUUGAUCGAGGAUCAGGGCCCUGUUUCAGAAGGCGGGUUUAGUGAAAACUCCCAAGUUUAUUAAGCCUGAGAUGUAGGAAACUCUGUGUUGUCUGUUUCAGAGACUGAGAUCAGGUAAACUGUAGAACAGUAACUUCAGAAACUUAUGCUGUGAAGCUAACCUGCUCUAAUGUGACACAGCGUUGGUGUUGACGCCCUGGGAACGAGAACGGGCAGGUUCUUCAAACUCUUGAGUUUCUCUCUGACUCCUCCCCUCCUGCGGAACCUGAAGUAGCUAUGGAACACAAUGUUCAAUUCCCUCAUUCAUACUGUUGUUACCAAAGCACAUACGUAACGCAUUCAUUUGCAGAAGUUUAUGUCUUCAAAAACAUCUAAAUCCUGGUUAGAUAUUAGUUUGUUAUCCAGACGUGAUCUUUAAUACGACCACGAUCCACCGCUCAUCGAUGUGAGGACAGAGACAGCGUGCAUUCAUCCUCAGCACAGAAUAAAAUAUUUAGGCUACACUGUCCUUCUUUCACUAUGACUCUGGAUGUCAAGACAGCUUGUCAACAGUUGCACUGAAAUAUUAAGCAUUGGCUUAAUUAAUUCAGUAAUUACUGUAAACAAGUCUUUAUGAACCUGUAAAUGAUUGAUGAAUCAGUUGAUGUUGGAAUGGAACAUUCCCAUCGUAGUGUUCAUGUUGGAAAUGAUGUGAAUGUUUCUGAGCGGUGAUGAUUGGGGUGCAGCUGAAACCAUUUUAAAAUUCUAAAACUGUAAAUGUAGUUUAAAAGUGAGUUUUUGAAAUAUUAGCAAAUAAUAAAUAUUGUAGUCUUAUGCUGUUUUUCCAUUACCGGUACCAGCUCAACUCGCCUCGAUUCGGUUUUGGCCUGCUGUCCUCAGAUUUCCAUUGCAGAUAGUACCCAGAGAUAGUACCCCUUUUAAUGUAGCUCGUCGUCAUAGCAACGCCACAUAUAACUGCCGCAACGGAGGUGAUACGAAAAAAAAAGCACCUGGUAGCAUGUACAGGUACAACUUUUCCACAAUGGAAAACCAAAAACAGGCGAGUCGAGCUGGUACCGUGCGGUGGAAAUGGGGCUUUAAUAUGUUCUGAAAGCAUUUUAUUAAAUGCGAUCUUCAGUUAUUGCCACCAGCAUUUUGUCCCCGUCAGGUUACAGCUGAAUAAAUGUUAAAUCGAUUGUAACAUACAGGAUUCCAGCAUAUCUGGUGAGUGAGCUACGCUGAAUAAAAUGUUAGUGUUAACGUAUUGACUCCUUCCUCUAUACUGUUUUUUAAGAUAAAUGUCGUUUGCCGGCAUUCAUAUUUCCUGCACCACUGGAUUAAAAUGGAGCCUCUGCUCUUUAUUUACCCAUUGCCGAGGUGAAUCGUAAUAUCGCAGCUCCAUUGAUGAUGGCUUUCUUUUCAUUCUCCAUGCACAUACUUAACUCACCGUGAACAUAAUCAAAGUUGAUUGAACUGUUCUGGAACCGAAAACUCUGAAGUUUCUCCAUCUCAGGGUUUGUUAAACCUGCUUCCUGAAACAGGUCCCCGGUGUCAUUCUGUUGUUUUAAUCAGUGCUUUGGAUGUGUUUAUCUGUAAUUGUAUGACUUCUUUAGUAAGUAUUCUAGCCCCUAACCAUGUAACUGCAAUAAAGCAAAAAGGAGCUUGAUAAAAUGUCUAAAUAAUUUUGCCCAUGUUGCUAUUGUUUAUUGCCAUAGAUAUUGUACUGUACUUUCUUUUAUUUUUUUUGUAAUGCAUGCAUGCUUCCAUGGCUGUCAGUUGUGUACUUUUUGUGCUAAUAUAAAAAUUUAAUAGGUUUAAUCGCAAAGUUAAAUAAAACAGUGUUGUUUUAAUGUUUACAGUGUUCAAGUGACCACAGACUGGAGAAGAAAGCCCAGACUCAUUUGCUCUGAAUAGUGUUGUGUGUUUUACUUUAAUAGUGAGAAGAAAAUAAAUGGCUGUUUUGUA